AUGGUGCCUCUCCUUCAUCUGGUUACGUGGCAGGCCGUCACAGUAUGCGUCGUUGGCUACUGCAUCUGCAUUACGCUAUACCGCUUGACAUUCCAUCCCCUUUCCAGAUUCCCUGGUCCUAAACUGGCCGCCAUCACGAGAUGGUACGAAGCCUACUUCGAUAUCGUACAGAACGGCCAGUACACGUGGAAAAUCGAGCAGUUACAUAAGCAAUAUGGUGAUCCUUACGAGUUGCAUAUCAAUGAUCCUUCUUUCUUUGAACAGCUGUACCGUCACGACGGCCGCUGGGACAAGUAUGAAUUCACCGUAAAUGGCUGGGCCGCCCCUGGGGCGACCAUCUUCACAGCCGAUCACUAUGUCCACAAGGGGCGCCGCCAGGCUUUAAACCCGUACUUCUCCAAGACGCAGGUCGUCAACCACCAAAACCACAUCCGCAAGCAGGUGAUCAAGCUCUGCGAACGGCUGUCGAGCUUCGCUAAGUCGGGGGAGAUAGCUUACCUAGGCGCAGCCAUCACUGCCAUCACGCGGGAUAUUGCAAACUACUUUGUCUUUGGCAAGCACUACAAUGGGCUUGACUAUGACGACUUUGACGUUGCCACGGUCACGGCUGGCCAGAACACGGGAUUUUCGUGGCGUUUGAGCAAGCAUGUGACGUGGUUCAUGCCUUUAUUGAAAUCAAUACCAUUGAAUUGGAUCAGGAGAAUUGCCGAUGAGACAGCCAAGAAGUUCAUUGACAACUUUCAGGAAGCCAUGGAUCAUACCAAAGACCUCAUGGAGGAAAUCAACUCACCCAAUCCUGACCCCAACAUGCCACGCACAGUCAUCAAGGAUAUUCUUGAAUCCAAGCUUCCGCCUCAAGAGAAGACCUUCAAGCGGGUGUUUGAAGACGUGUCCUCAAUAGCCGGCGCUGGCUUCGAGACGACAGCGGGCGCGCUCCGUCUGAUCCUAUUCCACGUCUUUACCAAUCCUGAAACGCUGGGAAAGCUCCGAGGAGAGCUCACCGGCGCUGGAGUAUGUUCGCCGAGCGAUUUUGAUCUCAAGUCACUCGAGAAGCUUCCCUACCUUACCUCGACGAUCAUGGAGGGAAUUCGACUGAGUCCGGCUAUCGCAUCACGGAUGGGCCGUGUAGCUCCUGAUAGAGAUAUAUUUUACGAACAAUGGCGAAUUCCUGCACGCACGCCUGUUGGUAUGACCCUGAUCUUGAUGCACACGGACGAGAGGCUGUAUCCGUAUCCGAAGCGGUUCCAUCCGGAAAGGUGGAUGGAUGCUGAGCUUCGGGGAAAAGCCGAGAAAGCAUUUGCUCCUUUCUCGAGGGGUACGAGACUCUGUCUCGGUAUGCACCUUGCUUGGGCGGACAUGUAUAUGAUUGUUGCAGCACUUGUUCAACAAUUCGAUUUUGAAUUCAAGGAUGCUACGGCUGAGGAUUUUGAAUGCUCCAGUGAUGAGUUUGCAAUAGGCACAAGGGGGAAAGGAAGAUUGAACGCCGUUGUAUCACUACGCAGCACGGGUUGA